CAGCAGGAUCUGGGAUCUGGCGGUGUUGUUGAUGUCCUCAUAAUCCCCCUCUUUCCUUCUGUGGGAUUGCCAUGGCGAUGAAGCAGGACCGCCUGUGACUACCCAGUGCUUUCUGCAGGACUUUUCUUUAUGUUUUUGAUUCUGGAUUUGAUUUGGUGAGAUACCACGAGCCAAAAUGCUGAACCAGAGUGCUGUGAUGAUCUUCACUGGGAUUUGUGGGGCAUUGGUGGUCAUGGCAAUGGCCUACUAUGUCUACUGGUCUGUAAUAUUGGCUGACGGACCGUGUAAACGCGGGUUGUAAAAGGGUCCCAGCGUGGUUGGUCACAGUGUAUAGAGAGGAAGCUACUCCGCUCCCCAGCCUCCUCAGCCAUGGCUCUGCUGGCCCACCUAAAGAGCCUGUUCAUCCUGCAGUUGCUGAUGGGCUUUGUGUUUGUGGUAAGCGGCCUCAUCAUAAACUUCAUUCAGCUCUGCACCUGCAUCCUCUGGCCAAUCAACAGGCAGCUUUAUCGCACAAUCAACUGCCGGCUCGCCUACUCCCUAUGGAGUCAGCUGGUGAUGCUGCUGGAGUGGUGGUCAGGCACAGAAUGCACCAUAUACAGUGACCAAGCUACGGUGGACAAGUUUGGCAAAGAGCAUGUCAUCACCAUCCUCAACCACAACUAUGAGAUCGAUUUCCUGUGUGGCUGGACCAUGUGUGAAAGAUAUGGCGUCCUAGGGAGUUCAAAAGUCCUAGCCAAACAUGAGCUACUCAAGGUUCCUCUAAUUGGCUGGACUUGGUACUUCCUAGAAAUUGUCUUUUGCAAAAGAAAAUGGGAGGAGGACCGAAAGACUGUCUUCAAAGGACUGAGUAGGCUCAAAGACUAUCCUGAAUAUAUGUGGUUUCUGCUCUAUUGCGAGGGGACCCGCUUUACAGAGACAAAGCACCAAAUCAGUAUGCAGGUUGCAGAGAGUAAGGGCCUGCCCAAGCUCAAAUACCACCUACUACCCCGAACCAAAGGAUUCACCACCACGCUGCAAUGUCUUAAGGGCACAGUAACUGCUGUGUAUGAUGUGACUCUUAACUUCAAAGACAACCAGACACCCACUCUCCUGGGCAUCGUCAAUGGCAAGAAAUACAAAGCUGACUUGAGUGUGAGGCGGUUUCCUGUGGAGGAUAUACCAGAGGAUGAGCAAGAGUGCGCCAUCUGGCUGCACAAGCUCUACCAAGAGAAGGAUGCCUUACAGGAAUUCUACAAAAAGGAAGGCAAGUUCCCCGGACCCACAAUAAUUCCACCUCGCCGGCUAUGGACGCUACUGAACUUCCUGUUUUGGGCCACCCUGCUGCUUUCGCCCCUCAUCAACUUUGCUUGUGGAGUGGUCGUCAGUGGCUCCCCCCUCCUCAUCAUUGGCUUUAUCAUCUUUCUCAUCAUAGCCUCGAUAGCUAUCCGCCGCCUCAUCGGGGUCACCGAGGUGAAGAAAACAGGCUCCAGUUACGGCAACCCAGAGGCCAAGAAACAAAACUAAAACGUGUUCCUCCCCUCCCCCACCAGCCCCCCCACCCCCCUCCGUGUAUGGCCGUUUCUGUGCCGUCCUGCGGUUUCUCGCCCCUACCCAACUCCAUUCUCCUCCUACUGUUAAGUCAGUUGGCGGGCCAGGGAUGAGACGCAGCUGCAGAAAACAUAAUAGAGAGCGGAUUUAGAAAUACUAAUGGCACUAGAGUGAGUGAAAACACGUAAGGUCUGGGGUUUAAGCUCUAUGAUGUAACACAGAACAUAGGGAGGGGGAGAUGCAGUACGGUAUUCCCCUGCAUCUUUCUUAAUCCAGCUAGCAACCCAGUGUCUACAUCGAAGUCCAAUUAAAUCCCGGUAACAUCCGAGGUUAAGCUUCUAACCUGUCUGAGGUCACAUGGACAGCCAGUCAGCCCAUUUCCUGCUCUGGUUUACCUACCUUCACUUCCUGUCAGUCUUCAGCCAUUCAGGGGGGGUUGGUGUGCUCAUUCUUUUUGACAUGGAACACAAGGCAAUCUGGAUCUGAUCUGUUUAAUCUUAACUAGCCAGGGGCAGUGUGUUUCUUCAACAGCAGUCUAUAACAUGCAAGACAUCUCCCUUCCUUUUAUUUUUCCAUGCUCACAAGCGGGACUUGCAAUGGGAACCGGUGCCUUGUGGCCCAGCCUGGUUUCCCUAACGUAAAGGGUUGCCCAAAUCAAUAAACGUUUAGCCUGGUGGAUAGUUUGGGUUUCUAUGUGCUAUGGGUCAGACACUUCUACUGCCACUCAAUGUUGUCCAUGGUGCUCAAAUCAUUGUAAAAGUACAGUUAAA